UACUUAGAAAAUAUCCUAAGGGGGGGGCUCUCGUCCCCUCCUGUACUGAGCCUGGAGGUCUGUCCUCUCACUUUAUUUCUAAGUAAAAGCCUCUCCCUGGCUCUCCUGCAGUAUAUCUCGUAAGGGAUCUAUCAUAGAACUACUUGUACUAAGAAGAGAACUUAGAACUUCACAAGAUACAAAAUCAGGUUUUUAAAAAUCACUUGAAUUUCUGUGACCUGGCAACAAAUAAUGAGAAGAGGAAAUAAAAAGUGACUUAGACUGCAGAUAACAUAAAAUAUUUAAACUUGAAAGUACAUAGAGGAGCAUAACGUUGGGACUUUUGAGUACAUAGACAUGCAACAGAGGGGGUAUAAAAAGUCUGUAUAAAGAAAUCACAAGAAGAAAUGUUAAAAAAUGCUUUAGACUGCCCAUACAGAACAUAGGGGAUUUCAAUGCUUUUCCUUCUGACCAGUUCUACACGAUGUCUUGUUAAGUCUCUCUAAGCUAGUACGCCGCCCAGUGCUCGGAUUCUCCUUCCAGCACGUGGCCCCUUCGGUUACCCAGGCCUGUAUUUCUCAAUAUGGAGAACGUUCUAAUGACAUCGUUUUGCUCUGCACUUUGACAGUUAAAUUACCAUAUUUUCGCUGUUAUUUUUUAAAAUACAAAUUGUGAAAGGACGGUAUGACGAGCCUCCGUGGACCCGUUGCCCCAUUGUAAUGACACCAUGUGGGGCCGUAUUGUUUAAUGACUCUUCAGUGUCACCUUCCGACCGGUUCGUGUUCGGAUCACACCAACUCCCGGUAAAGUGCCCACAGGUGCUUUGCUGCACCAGGACCCAGAUGGCAGCGGCUCCCGCACGUGAGGCCGACUCUGUGUCUUAGGGCUUCUUGUUCACUGCAGCUCAGCCGCCUCCCGUGCUGAUGGUGCGUUGAGAUACUGGGAACUGUUCCAAUACUGAUUUGUCCGCUGGGCCCCAGGCUUGGCCCCCAACCUUGAGUGUAUGAGGGGUGGAGGUAGGCCAGGCGCUGUGAGAAGCAGUCCUGGGGGGAAGCCUCUGCCUGGUCACCUCUGAUCAGAAGCCCCCAAGCCCUCCACAGUGUGACCUGCCAUCAGCUCUGCAGACACAGGCUGCCACACCCCUCAAAUGUGGGAGAGGUUCUGGGGGUGACCUGGCUGGCUGCGGUUGCCCUGGUUUGGGAUAUUGCUUCUAUACCGGGGACCCCCCACGUUACCUGCCCACGUCUCCCCCUGGGCUUCAGUAUGAGGUUAGCAGCAUGCUGUGCAUCCUGCCAACACCAUGUACCGGUGGCCUCUGGUCUGCGCCCUGUGGUUACUUAAGCACAUGGAGCCUGAGGCUGGGAGAGGCGCUAGAGCCGUCAUGAGGCCCCCUGGAGCUCUGGGCCCUGACCUGAGAGGCAGGAGGUCCCCUGGGGUGUCCCAAGGCCGUCUCUCACUCACUGAGCAUUGUAAGAAAUCCUCACUCAGCUCCCGUGGCACUGAAGCCUCUCGCCCAGGCUCCAGCUUGGAGAUGUGCCAGCAGGUAGCCUGGCUCCCUCUGCCCCUGUCAGGACCCUGGAGGUGGCCGUGCUGGUGCCCAUGACUGCUCCCCACUGCGAAGGUCAGCCCUGCCUCACACGGAGCAGGCGCAACCACGCACUCUCUUAUUCUCUUCCCUCCCCACAGAGCAGCCCUCCGAGGGCUUACCUUCUCCAUGGAGAGCAGGAAUGCGGCCCUGGGACCCUGGAAGACCGGCAGAGAGGCUUUUGUGACGUUUGAGGAUGUGGCUGUGGAUUUCACGCAGAAGGAAUGGGAGCUGCUGAGCCCUGCGCAGAGGACCCUGUACAGACACGUGAUGCUGGAGAACUUCAGCCACCUGGUGUCGCUGGCAGGAAUUCCCUGUUCUAAACCGGACCUCAUCACGUGGCUGGAGCGAGGGGAAGAGCCCUGGAGGGAAGAGAGGAGACACCGGCCAGGCCCCCAUCCAGGUGAGGGGAGCCUCCGGGUGGACACUGGCCUUCGGCCUUGCAUGGUGGUGGCGGCUGCUCAGGGGCCCUGGCAGGAAGCUGUCCUCCUGCACCGCGGCUGCUGGGGCUGCCUGGCCCUGCCUCCCUCCCACACCAUCAUCUUGGUUGAGUGAGGGGGUGUCCUGGGU